AUGGCACUAGCCUGCAUUGUUACGGUUCUCAGCUUAGCAUAUCUCCUCAGCGCUAUGCCCCUGCACUGUGAACUCCUGCUUCCACAAAUCCCAGACAACACUACAGCAUCCAAGCUGCAGGGGAAAUGGUUCUACAUAGCUGGUGCUUCACAGUUCCCCUUUCACCUGCUGGAAAUGGUGCUGAUAGAUAACGGUUAUCUUGAUGUGAACCCUACUGAGCAAGAGCAGCAGUUACUCAUCAACCAGCAUAUCACAGUCAGGGACAAAUGUCUCUCAAGCAACUCAACUUACCUUGAAGUCUCUAUCAAUAAUGCCACACUGAUCAAGUAUGCCAAGAACCAGCGCACCAUGGGGAAGCUCAUGAACAGCAGUUCAGAAGAAAUUUUCCUUAUUCAAUACCAGCUGCAUAAGGAGGAAAAGAACUACACAGGAUUGUAUCUUUAUGCCCGGAACCAAAACAUGAGUAAAACUCAGUUGGAGGAAUUCAGAGAACAUGCUAAAUGUCUGGGUCUUCGUGAAGAGGAAAUAAUUUAUGCACCAUGGCAGAAGGAGCUAUGCCAAAUGAAAGAAACCAAACAAACAAUUCCCCAGGCAAGGAGACCCCAGCUACAGUACUAG